AAAUGUCAUGUAUUUUGUGGUUGUAUUUGUACCUAUCAUAAAAUUACAAAUACCGUCGACUUCAAUGAAUAGUCCAUGAUUUAGACUGAUAAAAAAGGUGUUAGAAACAAUGAAUUCGCAAUUUGGAAAUUUAUCACGAAGAGUUGCAAUGCUGUCACGAUGCUAUAGCUUCGGUGUUGUUAAACCAAAAACCGCUGUAUUACUCUUAAAUAUGGGUGGCCCUCAAAACACCGAUCAAGUUCAUGAUUAUUUACUUCGCAUUAUGACUGAUCGUGAUAUGAUUCAGUUGCCAUUCCAAGGAAAAUUGGGUCCAUGGAUCGCAAACCGUCGAACGCCUGAAGUGCAGAAGAAAUAUAGGGAAAUUGGAGGUGGCUCACCGAUUCUCAAGUGGACAAAUCUGCAAGGUGAAUUAAUGUGCAAAGAACUCGACAAAGUAUCACCAGAGACAGCACCACAUAAGCAUUACGUUGGCUUUCGAUACGUAAACCCAUUUACCGAAGACACACUUGAACAAAUUGAAAAAGAUACUCCUGAACGUGUAGUUAUUUUCUCGCAAUAUCCACAGUAUAGCUGUGCAACAUCUGGUUCAAGCUUCAAUUCGAUCUACUAUCAUUAUCGAAAGAGAAAUUUACCAAAACACAUCAAAUGGAGUGUCAUCGAUCGAUGGUCGACAAAUCCAUUUCUUAUCAAAACAUUCGCCGAUAACAUUCGUAAAGAGCUCGACCAGUUUCCAGAAGACAAACGAAAAGAUGUUAUCAUUCUAUUUUCGGCUCAUUCACUCCCAUUGAGAGCAGUGAAUCGAGGUGAUGCAUAUCCAUCAGAAGUUGGAGCAACUGUUGCCUUGGUGAUGGAUGAGUUGAAAAUGUCGAAUCCGUACAGUUUAGUGUGGCAAUCAAAAGUUGGACCAUUGCCUUGGCUUGAACCAUUUACCGAUGACGCCAUUAAGGGCUUCGUAAAACAGGGCAAGAAGAAUUUUGUUAUUGUUCCCAUUGCAUUCGUGAAUGAGCACAUUGAAACUCUACAUGAAUUGGACAUUGAGUACUGUCAUGAGCUGGCUGAAGAGGUUGGCGCUGAGAAAAUCCGAAGAGCAGCUGCACCAAAUGAUCAUCCGCUGUUUAUCAAUGCGCUGUCGGAUAUUGUUUCCAAACAUCUAAAAUCUAAUGAGAAGUUUACUCCAAAAUUCACAAUGCGAUGCCCAAAGUGUACGAACCCUCGGUGCAUGGAAAGCAAAAAAUGGUAUUCAGCACUAGUAGGCUAAAAAAUGAAGAAAAAGUACAAAGCAAAAUCAGUUGGUGCUGGAUUUUUUCAUGUUGGAUGAUUUAAAAUGAUACAUGUUUUCUUUGUGGUUAAAAUAAACGGUUUUUUUUCUACUGUUUUACAUGUAUUAUAUACAAAA